AAAUUUGACAGCACUGGAGUCUGGUGGGACAAAAUAAGAAACCAAAACAUGAAGAAAGCAGCCGGAUUUGUUAUUUUCAGGCGUCUUUGUGGGGAAAUACAGUAUCUAUUGCUGAAAGCGUCCUACGGAGACUUUCACUGGAGCUCUCCCAAAGGUCACGUGGAUCCAGGCGAGGACGAUUACACGACCGCCCUACGGGAAACCAAAGAAGAAGCCGGAUACGAUGAAAAGGAUUUGAUUAUCUACAAGGACACACCGCUAACACUAAACUAUGAGGUGAAGGGCAAACCCAAAAUUGUGAUCUACUGGCUAGCUGAGCUUAGAAAUCCUUGCCAGGAACCUAUUUUGUCAGAGGAGCACACCGCGCUGAAGUGGCUAGCUAAAGAAGAGGCCAAGAAGUUAGUUGGAUUCCAGGACAAUCAAGUUAUGAUUGACAAGUUCCACGACAUGAUCGUGCAGCAAAAACAACCGGAGUGAAAUCAAAACAUGUAAACAUUCAAUUAGUGCUGUAACGCCUUAUGCAACACUAAAGAUAAGAAAUAAAUACUGAAUAAAAUACCAAACU